AUGCAAGUUUCGAUCGAAGCAGCCGAGGCGUCAGUGCAAACUGCGAAACAUCACCUUACUCUGAUGUUAGAGAUGCUCACUUUGCUUGGAGAGGCGCGGUUGGCGUGCCGGCCAGAAGGUUUCAUCCGAACCAGCAAUCGGUGGCAACAACGCAAUGCAUUUCCUUGGCCAAUUUUCAGGGUGGUCGACGGCGGAGGUCUCAGAGGCACUGUUGCCUGGGUGGCCGGCGAGUCCGAAUCCGAGUCCGAGUCCGAAUCCAAAUCCGAGUCCGACUCUAUCGUCGAGCGACCGCGCUGUCUGGUGUUUGGAAUUAAUAAAAUUAAUCGCUGGUGGUGGUGGUGGUGGCGACGACGGCAGAUCCGCUGUCGCGACAAGAAACGAACGACGGACGCCGACUGCCGCCGCGGUCGAUAG